GGAACGAACCGUCGACGCGCGAGCGAAGGAACGAACCGUCGACGGGCGCGUCGCACCGAACGCGCGACGCGAGCGCGCGGUCGCGCGCGCGGCGAUCGAACGCUCGGACGCGCGCGAGAUUGAGAUUGGCGCCGAAGCGGGCGAGGGCGAGGCGAAGAGGCGCGCGUCAUGGCGUCGACGAAAUCAAAAUCGGUGCUCGCGGAACCGAGCGCGACGCACGGCGGGACGCGCGCGAGGACGAACGACGACGCGAGGGCGAACGCGAGCGAGCAAACCAUCGCGCGGUCGUGUCUCAGGGCGUAUUUUUUUGUCGCGGUGUGGAUGACGAUCUCGAUGUGCGUCAUCAUGUUUAACAAGUGGAUCUUGGCGUACAGCGGAUUCCGGUAUCCCGUGGCGCUGACGAUGUGGCACAUGGUUUUUUGCACCAGUCUCGUCACCGUCCUCGUCAGGGUGUUCAAGGUGACGAAGAGGUUGAAGAUGACGCGAAAAGAGUACACGCGCAAGGUGAUGCCGAUCGGGUUCUUUUACGCCGCGUCGCUGUGGUUGAGUAAUUCGGCGUAUUUGCACUUGAGCGUGUCGUUCAUUCAGAUGACCAAGGCGCUGAUGCCGGGGUUGGUGUACAUGGUGGGGGUGUUUUUUAGAAUGGAAAAAUUAACCGCGACGACGUCGAUGAACAUGUUCGUCAUCGCGAUCGGCGUCGGCAUCGCGGCGUACGGGGAGUUGAACUUCGACACGCUAGGCGUAACGCAGCAGCUCAGCGCGCUGUUGUUCGAGGCCGUGCGGUUGAUGUUGGUACAAAUAUUAAUCACGCGUCAAGGCAUGGCGAUGAAUCCGCUGCAGUCCUUGUACUACGUCUCCCCGGCGUGCGCGUUCUUCUUGGCGUUUCCGUUAAUGUUCGUCGAGUACCCGGCGAUGAUGGCGGACGCGACGUUGGUUUUCGAUUGGAAGAUGUUGACUUUGAACGCCACGUGCGCGUUCGCGCUGAACCUCGCGGUGUUUUUACUCAUCGGCAAGACGAGCGCGUUGACUAUGAACAUCGCGGGCGUCAUCAAGGAUUGGAUGUUAAUCUUCGCCUCGCAGCACUUCUUCGGUAACCCGGUGACGUUUCUGAAUUACGUCGGCUACGUCAUCGCGUUUCUGUCCGUCUUCAUGUACAAUUUGAACAAGCUCAGAGAGAAAAAGCGAGAGCAGGCGAAGAAGCAGAGCAUCGACGUCUCCGCGCGGCGAGCGUCCGACGCCGCGUAGUGAGCAGAGAAUUAUUUCCCGCCCCGCGGACGCGUGAAACGCGUUUGCGUGUAUUCGUGUAUUCGUACGUAGAAAAAUAGACCGCGUGUUUAA